AUGAUUCUAAUCGAUAUAUUCUUCGGUCGAGUUAUCCUAUAUAUCUCUCCACUUUGCCCAAUUCUAGCACCAUUUUUUUCCGAUUACUCAAUUAUUCUUAAAACUCACAAAGUUAUUGAGAACUAUUCUCGCGCAUCAAAAGCCGUCUGUCAAGUUAUUCUAACUCUGAAUCGAAUGACUUGCACAAUGUUUCCAAUGAGCCAUCAAUGGUUUUGGGAUAAAUUCAAAGCUCCGAUCUUGCUUCUGAAUUUUUUGCUGCCUUUCGGCGCGAUUUGGAGCUUGAUCUUGAGCAGGGUUUACGGUGAAUCUACUGCUGGUGGAUUUGCAACAAGCUACAAAAGAGCAAUAAGUUGGGCGAGUUUAUCGCGACUUCAGACAAUUUACAUAACAAUAUCGAUUUUUGCAACGCUCAUUUUCACAGCAAUCACACUUCACAAAUUGAAAUCUCUUAGAAAUCGCCAAAAAUCAGCGGAACUUUGCCUAUGUUUUGUCACAUUUUGGAUAACUAUUGGCUUCUGUGUAGUUUGCUCAUUUUGGUUUUUAUGGGUUUUUUGCGCGGAUUGCUCAUAUUAUUAUCCAUCGCUUUUUCUCUGGCAAUUUGUGAGCUAUGAUUUUUUGAAUGUUUCAACUCCGAUUGUUAUGAUUCUAAUCAAUAAACAACUUCGGAAUCAGAUGUUUUCUCGAUUUUUUUCGACGAAUAAAAUGCAGAUUAAUCAUGUUACUAUUGUUAGUGAAUUGAAGGUUUAA